CCAAUAUAUUUAAGCUCAUGUAGUUUAAGUACUCUCCUACACUUAACUUUACAACCAACAAAGCAAAACUAGGAAGAAAAAUGAAGGUGUUUAGUUGGGUUCAUCGGCGAUUUCUAAAUAUUAAUUCAUGCACUACUUUUUCACCGGAGAGUGGAGCAGAAAAAGAAACAAUGGAAAUGAUAGAUCAAUGGAAAGAUGGGAUCUUAUCCAUUGGUACACUUGCUAUUGAUCCAUUGGCCAUUGACACAAUUGGGAUGAUUGAGGGACUUGAUGAAGGUUAUGAUCAAGAAAUCACUAAUGAUCAUCAUGAUCAUAUUAUUAUGGAUGAUGAUCAUGAUGUUGAUGAUCAUGAUGAAUCAAAGCCAUUGAUGAAUGUUAAAUUUUUCAGCCAUGAAUUGGAGAAAAUUAUGGGUGCAAACCAUGAGAUCACAGAGGAAGAAGUGGUUAUUACUAAGAAUGAUGAAGAACAAAGUAAGAGGAGAGUAACCCUAGCUGAUCUUUUUAUGGAGGAUUGUGAUCAUUACCCAGUGAAAGUAUUGAAAGAGAUACUUGAUGAUCAUAAUCAUGGUGAUGAUGAUGAUCAUGUUAUGGAAAAACAAGGUUCUAAGGAUAUGAUGAAGCCAACUUCUAUUGCUAAAAAUGGCCUCUCUAAGGCCAAGAAACUAUUGAAAGAAGAUUUGCAUCCACUUAGAAAGUUCAGCCAGCUGAUGAAAAAAAUGAAGAAAAAGAAGAUUCAUCCAGACCAGGAGAGGAAGAUGCAAAAUAGGGACAUGCAGAUGCAGACAAACUACGGUCUAAAGAACCCUACCAUUACCAAUGACCAAAAUGCAGUCAACAAUGAGUUAGCUUCUUUGCUUCUCAUUCAAGAUGUUAUGGCUUGAGCAGCAGAAAAGAUGAUAGAAGGCCGGUUUACCGCUAUGUACUAUUGCAUGUAAGUGUAAACAUGUAUCAUAAACAACGUAUAUUACUAAUUAGGCAAAUGUAUGUUAUUUAUUACAGUUGUUUUUCUAUGGAAGUAAUGUACUUUCUCUGUUUCUUUUGAUUUUGCUACACAAUAUAUAAAAGCACUUACUUUAAUUUUCGCAAUAUUGCAAAAUCAAAAGAAUAGAGUAGUAACUUUUAUUGUAGUUUUCCUUACAUUAAGAAACGGUAUGUGAUCUGUGGAUGUUUAUUUUAAUAAGAGUUUUGC